GUCCUGCAGCAGCCUGACUAGACCGACGACUUGUCAGAAGCGAUCGUAAUUUGGUUGGCGAUCCGUCAUGAGAACAUUGAGAACGGACGUUACAGUGGCAAGGUGGUAGUAGACAUAAUACCGCGAUGAUGGCCUCUCCUAUUCGCGCGGUGCGUUUCGCUGUUGUUUUUGCGGUCGCCGCCGUUUUAGACGUCGCGACGGCGAAGACCAAACUACGUUUCGGGCACUACGACAGCCUGUCGGUGGCCAGAUGUGAGGUAAAGUGCUGGUCGAAACCUGGCAAGAAUGAGUGUAUAAGAUCCUGUUUGUCCAAGGGUUUGAACAAGCCGGGAGAGUGCCCUGAAAACGAGUCAUUCAUCUCACCAUUCGCCACAGCCUGUAUAAAAGCUUGUCAGCAGGAUUCUCAAUGUCCUAGCCUCACCAAGUGUUGUCAACACAGAUGCGGCAUUACCUGCCAGCAACCCAUUAAUUUAAAAAAUAUAACAGAUGUUCCUGAAAUACCAAGAGAUCUCAUUGUCACAGAGGGGAGAAGAAAGAGGACUGUUUUCGUGGAGUGGAAACCUGGGGGGCCAGCAAGGGAAAACGAAAGAAUAAUCUACGUUCUAGAAGAACGACACCACGUGGGUCGUAAUUUCGUGGAAGAAAAAUUAUCGCACUGGUCCAUUUGUGCAAGAACCUCGAAGUUGGUGCAACCCCUGAAGAACGUUGUGAAAGCCGGCACUUGGUACCAGUUCCGGGUAGCUGCAGUGAACGAAAAUGGCACCAAAGGAUAUUCAGAGAAUUCAUUCACUUUUAGCAUUUCAGUUAAUCCCAGGCCUCCAAAAGCUCCACAAAAUAUGACAGUUACACCCCUUUGGGUUAGCAAUACAAGUUUGAGCGUUCAGCUGAGUUGGAGUCCACCACAAUCUGAUUUACCGAUUCAUAGGUAUAAAGUGUUCUGGAGUAGGAGAUUACAUGGAGUCAAAGCCUUAGAUUCAGUACUAGUGAACCAACAAAUUGUUCCAAGGGAUCAAACGAAUUUUUUUCUGAACGACUUGCAGCCGAAUUCCCUGUAUUUUCUUCAAAUUCAAGCUCUCGUGCAAUUUGGAAACGAGAGACUCAAAGGGGAAAAGUCGGGAUACAUUCUGAAUACCACCUCUUUCAACAAUUUCACGAACAAUGAGAUAGUUCCCUUGAACUUAAACGCCAGAUCCAAGCCGAGGGGUCUGCAAUUGGAGAAGAUAUUUUGGUCUCAAGGCGAGCUCAGAGCCAGAAUAUCUUGGAAGCCCAAAAAAGGCACGCAAAGGUACACUGUUAGCUGGUGGACUGGAUCUUGCAACGAAAGUUAUGACGGCCACAAUCAUUUCAAGGUAGCCGCCACCACAAAGGCAUAUCGAUUCGAUCUUUAUGAUCUCCAAUUCUCGUGUCGAUAUAAAGUGAGUGUCAGAGAGAGUCCGCCCAAUGGAUCGAGGAUAUCUGAGGAUACCAUCCUGAGCUUUUCAACGCCAUCAUGUGAUUCUUUCAAAAAUAUAUACAGAAAAACAAAAUGUGUAAAUUCUUCCUGAAGUCAUAAACUCUUGUACAUAUAAUUUAUAACAGAAUAAAUUUAUUUUUUUA